ACCAAUUAAUUUCUCUGACUUUUCCAGUUGUUCACAGUUACUGUUUUUAAUUAUAAUUUUUAUCAUUUCAUUUAGAUUGUAAUGGAGGAUUUUUAUUGAAAUCCUUGAAAUUAAUAAUUAAAAAGAUGUCUUUAUUUAAUGCUCAAUUUUUGAGCCUCAAUGCAGAACAUAAUCAGAAAAAUUAAUUAAUUAAUUUAAAAAUAAAUACAUUUUCCUGGCGUUUCCAUGACUGGAAACCACAUGAAAGGGUUAAGUUGAAGUCAACACAAAGAAUAGAAAUGAUGAACCAACUCACAAAACCAAUACCAAGAAUCAGCCAAUCAACGCCACCGUUUGCUCUCGACCAACCCGGGAACAUCAGAUAAACGCUUCAGCUGUUGCAGCCUCGAUUUUACAUUUGUGCCUUUUUGUUCCGUUGUCAAAGAAAUGAAGCCAAGCAGAUCAAACAGGCGACACAGAAACUUUUCGCCAAUCUUGAAAGCGAAGGACAUGGCUGGAGGCUCAUCUUGCACCCCUGAACAAACUUCUGAGCUGCUGGUGUCACGAGUAUUUAGUAAAAGAAUUUGUCUUCCUCUGGGCUGGAUUCGCACUUUGCCCCCUGCCAAUCACACAUGGGUGUCAAAGGCCCUGUUUAAGUGGUCUCCAGAAAUGCAGCCUGAAAUGGACUAUGCUAGGAUAGAUAGGAUGUGGUGGUACCCGCCAUUCCUGCCUCUUACCUUAAUAGAGGAGCCAGAGAUGGGAUGCUACUUUGGUCACGUAUUGUUUCUCUGGAUGCCACGAAAGCUGUGGAACGUCAAGCUUACCUGUCCACGUUCAGACUGCGUGAAGGAAGAGCUCACGUCAGCAGGUCUGCAUCAGGAGCUCAGACAGGUAGUCGACAUGGAAGGGUCAUACUUCAUGGCAACAGAGUGUCUGGUUUGUGGGAAAUGCAAGCGGAAGGUGAUAAGCUGGAGUCAUGAUGUAGUGUCACAACUUGAUAUUGGUCAUAGAGUCCAGUACCCUUGCAUUCUUGCAUCACAGAUGGCAUGCGACAUGAAGGUCAUUCACCUUAACCGUCAGAGACAUCUGGGGACCAGCAUCAGCCAAAUCCAGAAGAAACUGGAGGAACAUCACACUGAGGUAUGGCUGCAAAAGACUGUACAGUAUUUGACAGAUUGCAAAGGCUUUGCCCAUCCUGUGAUGUUUCAAAGCCCACCUGCCAUGCUUCCACUUCCUAAACACUGUUGGUUGAGGCAAGUGUUUGCUCUGGAUGUACUUCACCGAAUGAACGAGAUUAAGACCAGCAUAACCUCGAAGUUUGGUCGUGUGCUAAAGAUGGGUUCCACCAAGAAGUUUCUCAGGAACUUCUCAGGAACUUGGGUGACCAGUGUUGCCAAUGAACAAGGGCAGGUUAUCACGUCGGUGAUUACGGAAAAAAAAGACUCAAUGCAAUGAUCUCAGGUGUCAUAAAUAGGUACAAGGAAGCUGCGGUGGCUCCUCCUGAGGUUCUGUAUGUCAACAGAGACUGCUGUGGGUCCAACUUUCUUAGGAAAACAUUCAAAGAGUGGAAAGACAUGGAGGUCAGGUUGGACAUCCCGGAAUUCAUGAGACGGAUUGCUGCAGGCUGUACAUCAGAGUUGCAUCAGAGAUACGCGACCUUCAUGGACCGCCUAAGCCAUUGUGUUUUCGAAUGGGAUGAGGAGGAGCUGAAGCAGCUGAAGGAGGCGAAGCGUACUGAGCUCAAGUGCGAGAUCAUGCAGCCUUCUGAUGAUGAACUAAUGCAUCAUCUCAGCAGAAGUGAGUUAGCCCUCCAUUGUAGGCAAACCACGCGUGAUGCGAUGGACAUCGAAGAACGCAUCACAAAGCUCAUUCAGCUCUAUGAUGGUGAGGCGGGAUGGGAUUUGUAGGGAGUGCCGCUCUUUAGUUCCAACAGAAUGGCUGAGAUAUGGGCUUUAGAGAAGAAACAUGUGGCGUGUAUAGUGGAUCCUAUCGGUGUACAAUUGUAUGAGCAAACUGGGAAACUGGUGAAGGGAGACCACCUUCUGCCAACCUACAAAUGUGUCAGAGAUUCCAACUCUGUUGAAUCCUUCCACCAGCAUCUGAACCAGUUCAUUUCAGGAGAGCCAACUUGUUCUACAUUUUUCCAAAUCUACUUGUUGGAUGCAUUGGAAAGGUGGAAUGAAACUACUGCUGCAACCUCGGAGAGUCUGCAGCAACCUCAUAUUUUCUUCAGCAUGAUGUCAACCAGCUUGAAGAGGUGGUGUUUCAACAGAAGGUUCUGUCUAAUACUAGUACAAGUAAAUACACUGGUGAACUGAUUGGGUUAGAGUACCUGUUCCGGCAGAAUGGCAAUGCAUUCCAGGACAGAAAUUUUAUCAUUAGACAGAUGGAAACCACUGACAUCCAUGUGGCCAAAGCUGAGGGCUAUUCUGAACAAGAGGAUGUCGGAGAUUGGACGAUCACACAGCAAUCCGCCCCAUCUCUGUUAAAACAUUCUCCAUCAAUGUAUACAUAAUAUACUUAAGCUUUCCACAAUGUUUUGGUGGUAUGUCAAGGAUACACUUUAAAAUUAUUAAUGUGCACCAUUACAGGAUAAGCAGAAGUUCCCAGUUUAAGGUGGAGGAUCUCGUUGAACCCAGCACAUUCUCUCUGGCGAAUGAAAUGAUGGCUCCAGAGAAGGUUGUUUCCAUAAAAGAAAAGGAGAGUAUGGAGUAUUAUUGUGAUGACGUUAUUAUUGUUGAUGCACCACCAACAGUGAGUCGCCAUUCAGUUCCUGUUCGUAACACCACACGGCAGGACCGUCCCCCCAAUAAUUAGAAAUGGCCAAACUGUCCCCCCCAGUAUUUGAAAUUCUUGCACUGCUUUGCUGCACUUCAUGAAGCAGGGAUCUGUAUGUCAUAAGGAUGACGAAAAGGUUUAAAAGUUCUUUUUAGUCUGGUGACUAGUCUGCCUCAGCUCUCGUCAAUGUCAAAAUGAUUGAGAUGGCCAAUCAAAUCAAAGUAGGCGGGGUUUACUGUUCACAGAGUCCAGAAUGUGAAUGUUUUAAUGUUGAAAGAGAGUGAGGUAAGAUGUAAAUAGCUAAACAUUUAAUUCAUGUUUUGCGAUAGAAAUGUUAAAAGACAGACAGUUACAUCUAGUGAUGCAAACUAUUCAACUUUUUCUCAAAUAUAGAGGUUUUGUAAAUAUGUAUUAAUGUGAUUCAUGUAAUUCCUAGCUGAUUGUGAUGAGAUACUUUUACGUUUUUGACAUAUUAGGUAUACAAAUAAAAGUAGCCUACAUGUGUGCAUAUUUAAUGCAAAUAUUAUUUGCAAAUAGUAAAAAAAAAAAAACAAUUCCCAACUAGAAUUUCCUUCUUCUUCCUCCUCUUGUUUCUUUAUGCUUUAUAAAAAAAUGGGUCCCCUCCAAUGUUCAACACAUGCUCCUUUCAUUUUAAUUUUUAAUUUCAUUUGAACUAUUUUUGUGAUUUUGAUGCUUCUAAUAUAAUUACAGCACUGCAAUAAAAUCAUUCUUUGCAUGACAAUGGAUCUGAACUGGUUUGUAAACAUUACUCAACACUUUUACAUGAACUCUGAAUUUCUUCAUAAUUGGUUUUAGGCAAAAUUAUUUAUUAAUGCUUAAAGUGUAUGAUUUAUUGCAAUUGGAACCUUAUUACAAACCCUUCUAUUAAUAAGCCAUAAAACAAAAAACAUUAACACAAAGUUUAGCCUUAAAAAAAAAGAAACUAUCUUAAGCUGAAAUGCAACUUUACUCACAACUGCAAGCUUAUUUUUAUUUAUUUAUUUUUUUUAUUAUUAUUUUUUGACAAAAACUUUCGUUAAUAAGCUUUUAUCUGAUCAAGUUCUCUUGAAAUGAUGAACAAAUCACAAAACUUGGAAAACCAUACCAAGAAUCAGCCAAUCAACGCCGUUUGUUCUCGACCAUCUCGCUUGUUUUAACGUUGAUCAGGUAAACGCUUCAGCUUUUUGCAGCCUCGAUUGUACAUUUGUGCCUCUUUGUCGCGUUGUCAAAGAAAUGAAGCCAAGCAGAUCAUAUAGGCGACACAGAAACUCUUCGCCAAUCUUGAAAGCGAAGGAUGUGGCUGGAGGCUCAUCUUGCACCCCUGAACAAACUUCUGAGCUGCUGACAUCACAAGUAUUUAGUAAAAGAAUUUGUCUUCCUCCAGGCUGGAUUCGCACUUUGCCCCCUGCCAAUCACACAUGGGUGUCAAAGGCCCUGUUUAAGUGGUCUCCAGAAAUGCAGCCUGAAAUGGACUAUGCUAGGAUAGAUAGGAUGUGGUGGUACCCGCCGUUCCCGCCUUUUACCUUAAUAGAGGAGCCAGAGAUGGGAUGCUACUUUGGUCAUGUAUUGUUUCUCUGGAUGCCACGAAAGCUGUGGAACGUCAAGCUUACCUGUCCACGUUCAGACUGCGUGAAGGAAGAGCUCACGUCAGCAGGUCUGCAUCAGGAGCUCAGACAGGUAGUCGAUUUGAAAGGGUCAUACUUCAUGGCAACAGAGUGUCUGGUUUGUGGGAAAUGCAAGCGGAAGGUGAUAAGCUGGAGUCAUGAUGUAGUGUCACAACUUGAUAUUGGUCAUAGAGUCCAGUACCCUUGCAUUCUUGCAUCACAGAUGGGAUGCGACCUGAAGGUUGUUCACUUUAACCAUCAGAGACGUCUGGGGACCAGCAUCAGCCAAAUCCAGAAGAAACUGGAGGAACAUCACACUGAGGUAUGGCUGCAAAAGACUGUACAGUAUCUGACAGAUUGCAAAAGCUUUGCCCAUCCUGUGAUGUUUCAAAGCCCACCUGCCAUGCUUCCACUUCCUAAACACUGUUGGUUGAGGCAAGUGUUUGCUCUGGAUGUACUUCACCGAAUGAACGAGAUUAAGACCAGCAUAACCUCGAAGUUUGGUCGUGUGCUAAAGAUGGGUUCCACCAAGAAGUUUCUCAGGAACUUGGGUGACCAGUGUUGCCAAUGAACAAGGGCAGGUUAUCACGUCGGUGAUUACGGAAAAAAAAGACUCCGGUCUUGAAGCAAUGAUCUCAGGUGUCAUAAAUAGGUACAAGAAAGCUGCGGUGGCUCCUCCUGAGGUUCUGUAUGUCAACAGAGACUGCUGCGGGUCCAACUUUCUUAGAGAACGUUCAAAGAGUGGAAAGACAUGGAAGUCAGGUUGGACAUCUCGGAAUUCAUGAGACGGAUUGCUGCAGGCUGUACAUCAGAGUUGCAUCAGAGAUACGCGACCUUCAUGGACCGCCUAAGCCAUUGUAUUUUCGAAUGGGAUGAGGAGGAGCUGAAGCAGCUGAAGGAGGUGAAGCGUACCGAGCUCAAGUGCGAGAUCAUGCAGCCUUCUGAUGAUGAACUAAUGCAUCAUCUCAGCAGAAGUGAGUUAGCCCUCCACUGUAGGCAAACCACGCGUAAUGCAAUGGACAUCGAAGAACGCAUCACAAAACUCAUUCAGCUCUAUGAUGGUGAGGCGGGAUGGGAUUUGUAGGGAGUGCCGCUCUUUAGUUCCAACAGAAUGGCUGAGAUAUGGGAUUUGGAGAAGAAACAUGUGGCGUGUAUAGUGGAUCCUAUCGGUGUACAAUUGUAUGAGCAAACUGGGAAACUGGUGAAGGGAGACCACCUUCUGCCAACCUACAAAUGUGUCAGAGAUUCCAACUCUGUUAAAUCCUUCCACCAGCAUCUGAACCAGUUCAUUUCAGGAGAGCCAACUUGUUCUACAUUUUUCCAAAUCUACUUGUUGGAUGCAUUGGAAAGGUGGAAUGAAACUACUGCUGCAACCUCGGAGAGUCUGCAGGCAACCUCAUAUUUUCUUCAGCAUGAUGUCAAUCAGCUUGAAGAGGAGGUGUUUCAACAGAAGGUUCUGUCUAAUACUAGUACAAGUAAAUACACUGGUGAACUGAUUGGGUUAGAGUACCUGUUCCGGCAGAAUGGCAAUGCAUUCCAGGACAGAAAUUUUAUCAUUAGACAGAUGGAAACCACUGACAUCCAAAGCUGAGGGCUAUUCCAAACAAGAGGACAUCGGGGAUUGGACGAUCACACAGCAAUCCGCCCCAUCUCUGUUAAAAGAUUCUCCAUCAAUGAUAAGCAGAAGUUCCCAGUUUAAGGUGGAGGAUCUCUUUACACCCAGCACAUCCUCUCUGGCGAAUGAAAUGACGGCUCCAGAGAAGGUUGUUUCCAUAAAAGAAGAGGAGAGUAUGGAGUGUGAUGACAAGCCUCUCAUUUCAAACUUGCCUCUAGACACUGUGAUGGAAAACAACAACACAACACAACACAAGAAAAAGCCUCACCAGUACAACCUGCUCCCACUGAAACCCAGUCAGGUUCAUCCUUGACUUUGCCCCUCCUGCUUUCUGGUCCUUCUCUGUCAAAACAAAUGAUGGUGGUUUUAACACCUUUUGUACGAAGAUCAGGCGCUAUCCAGUGCAGAAAGUGCAAUAAAGAGAGGAUAAGGUCAACUCAUCGGCAGUAUUAUGGUAACUGGUAUUGUCAGGAGACGGAAACAAAACCCUUUGCAGUGUGGAAGGCUAAACUGCUAAAGCGAGGUUAUGGGAGGAAGAAGUUCUGAAGGGUGGAUUCACCAAUGCACAUCCAGCUACAAUGCUCCUUUUAUUUUAAUUUCAUUUAAUUAUAAGUAUAUUUG